AUGAAGCACAAUGAAGGCCUGCCCAUUGAACUGCAGAUCGACAUACUGCUCAACAGUUGUGAUGUAAAGUCUUUGAAAUCGCUAGUGUCUGCAUCCCCUAGCUAUCAUCGGGCGUACCUGCUUGUCCGUGGCGAAGUUCUUCAUGCGGUGUUACACAAUUACUAUGAUGGGCUUGUGGACAUUGCUGAAGCAAUCGCUGCGGUGCGCUCCAGAGGACUAUAUGCGUAUCAGAUAUCCAAUCACGACAAGAUCAUUGCGCUUCUUGAUGGUCGGCGCCGAAGCGAAGAGAUUCGCCGGUUGAACUCUCCGUCGCUGAAAUUUCUGCCUGACCGGCCAGCGACUGUCGAUGAGAUAAUGGAACUGAUGCGUCUCCAUGACAUGGCUGUCUUUCUUCUUGACGACUUCACCCGUACCGUCUCAUGUCCAGCAUGGGUGGAUCGGGAGAGAUGGAAGAACGACAUCUUACCACUUGAACUGUCCCGCACGGAAAAGAAACGCCUUUUCCGGGCAUUCUACCGCCUACAAACCUAUGGUAACAUAUUUGGUGCUAUCGAAACGCCACUAGGCGCUGAACCUCCAAAUGGGAGGACUGGGAGAAAUGAAUGGCAUGGGGGCAAUGGAAACUUCAGUGAUGAAGAGGCAUGGCGCCUUUUCUUCGGUACUAUGGCACCAUGGGAAGUCGAGGAGUUCGGUUGUCUGUGGGAGCACUGCUAUGAGAGAUGGGUGGAGCCAUACUCAGAGGUAUCAGAGAACCUCGCGAACAGCGGAGUCAUGUUUGUCUGCGAGCUUCCAGCUGCUGACAGACCUCCAGCGACUCGAAUGGUGUUGGAUACAGAUGAUCUAAGACUAUGCGAAAUGGACAACAGGGACUGUUUCGUGUCCAUGGGACCGGCAUUCCUGGUUAAAAUACUGCGUGAACAGAAUUUCACGACCCGCCGAAAUCUGGUCAUUGGAAAUGCGGAUGGGACUGCCUCUCCAUUUACUGAAUUCUGGCCCCGGUGGAGCCAGGAUCAUCCCUUCGAAAGUGCAUUGCCCCUACUGUAUCCGGCAGACAGAUUCAACGUGGGCACUGACAUGGAUGCACUCAAGGAGAUUCUUAGGUCGCUGCCACCGCGCGAGCAACCAAAUCUUGCCUGGUCGUGGAAGUGGUUGGACGAUCACCGUGACUACCCGGAGGUCUUCUUCGAUAUGUUUGAUUACGGGGCGCGAGCCCAGCGUUGGAAAUGGAGUUAUGCAUUCUGGGACGAUGAGAGGCUCUAUGACUGGGGAACACCGUCUGACUACAUGAGCGGUCUAUGA